GGCCGCGCAGGGGGAGACCUUGUCGUUCUGUAUAGUGUAGUGCCGUAACGGUGUGUAGCAAGAUGCUGUGCUCUGGUUCGACAGCUCCUUGAACGCCUCUGGCACAAAUGGAGCUGCAAUGGUGUUAUCGACGACCAGGACUAUCUAAGAUGAGAUUAUACUAUUGCAUUGGUUGCUUCGCGGCAAUAGCAUUAGUUUUCUUAAGCUAUCAACAUUUGGCCGAUUCUCUACAGCUAAUAGAGAAUACCUCGCCAGCGCGCCAAUCUAUCCAAGACAAUACGCAGAGUCGCCGCGUGAAUAAUGAUGUUCAUCACGGAGAGCAAGAAUCUCUAAUAGUGUCUUUGGAGGAGCGUAUUCAUCAAUUAGAAAAUCGUAUCCGCGAACUCGAGAAAAGUUCAGUGGCAAAAUCGUACCCGAAAGUUCGUCAUUUGCCGCUUAAAGCAAAAAAAAGGAUCCUCGUUACAGGUGGCGCCGGUUUCGUUGGUAGCCAUCUUGUCGAUCAUCUGAUGUCACAUGGCCACCAGGUGACGGUGGCUGACAACUUCUUCACGGGCUCGAAGCGGAACGUGGCGCACUGGCUGGGCCAUCCUAAUUUUGAAUUGCUACAACAUGACGUCGUGAACCCAUUAUUUGUCGAAGUCGAUCAAAUUUAUUCUCUCGCUUCACCAGCCUCACCACCACACUACAUGAUCAACCCGGUGAAGACGAUCAAAACCAACACUUUAGGUACAAUUAACAUGUUAGGGUUGGCCCGUCGUGUAGGAGCUCGUAUUCUAAUUGCUUCUACCUCCGAGGUGUACGGGGAUCCGGAGGUGCAUCCUCAAUCGGAAGAUUAUUGGGGACACGUAAACCCGAUAGGUCCCAGAUCCUGCUACGACGAAGGCAAGCGUGUAGCGGAAGCGCUGGCAUACGCGUAUGCUAAGCAGGAAGGUGUCGAAGUGCGUGUGGCUCGCGUGUUUAACACGUUCGGGCCUCGGAUGCACGUGAGUGAUGGGCGGGUCGUGAGCAACUUUGUACUGCAAGCCCUUCAGGGUCGUGAUAUCACUAUUUAUGGCAAUGGUAAACAAACCCGAUCGUUCCAGUACGUGUCGGACCUCGUCGAUGGCCUCGUACGCCUGAUGAAUUCCAACUAUACGUUGCCAAUAAAUCUUGGCUAUCCCGAUGAAUACACUAUUGCAGAAUUUGCCCAUCUCAUCAGAGAUCUCGUAGCCAACCCAUCUGCUCGCAUCGUGCAUCAGGAUGGCGUUAUUGAUGACCCUCAGAAACGAAAGCCUGAUAUAACGCGAGCCAGAAAAGAGCUUAAUUGGGAACCAAAGGUUCCACUUCAAGAGGGACUCCUGAAGACAAUUGCUUACUUUCGGAAUGAACUCGCGAUAGCGCCAAAGCUAGACGAUGAAUUGUAGGAUUUUAUAGGGAAAGGAAACUCUCGUAUCUAGUUUUUGGAUGGCAUCCUUGAGUUUAAAUUUGUAAUGGAGUGUGAUUGUACGUAUUUUGUGGAUUCUUGUACGUAAGCCAGCUUUCUAUCGUUAGCGUCACUGGGUUUAGUGAUACUGGUAGAUUUAAAUUUGUAUCCAUAGCUGAGAAUGAAAAUACGAACAAACAUUCUACUGAUAUGGCCAUGUCAGGUCCUACAUAUCGUAUUCAUAUUUGCGUUGAAAUGUUCGCACAGCUUAAUCAUUUAUUAAGGCGCGCACCCGUUAUACAUAUGCGGUAUGAAGAGAUGCAUGUGGUGUCUCCAUAUAGAAUUCUGUAAGAUUUUUAGUACUGUUUAUAUAAAUCUGUGCCUAUUUAUGGUUGAUAUAUGCAUACUUUCAGCCGUUGACUGGCUACAAAAUAAAAAAAUCCUAAAAAAAUAAAAAAAUCUUUUGCUACAAAGUACGAUUAUAGAGAGUGAUUCGGAAGAUGCUGGUAGAUAAACGACCCGCAGUGAGAACAUAUUAAUGAUAUAUAAAAUAAUAAUAGCAAUAGUAAUUGUCUGUGUGUGUGUGAGAACGGUUCUCUGCGCAUUGGAUGUGAGGUGGUGACGUUGUAUUGUUAAAUUGGAAAUAGCGUUUCAUGCCACCUGCUGGAAUGCAUUAAGGCAUAAAUUCUUUGCCAGGAUAAAGAAAACUAGUAAUGGACCGGUAUAGGGUUGUAUGAUAUCAAUCACAACGAACAUGCCACGAGUGUUAACUCCAUUAGUGUAGCAUUUGUACAAAGAAAUAGAAGAACAGUUGCUGUUGGUAAAGUAAAUAAAUGAGU